AAGUAUAAAUGAGGUCUAACAUAUAAGAAUAGGAAUAAUAAUAUUGAAAUUUUUGGUCUAUACCAAAUUAUUGUAGUUUUUGUACAGUGAAAACUAUUCUCUUAAUUCUUGGUGGUUUUGUAUUUUAUUCAGGCCCUACUUACAUUUUAAUCUAUAUGCAGAUUCUUCCUAAUGAUUAAAUAUAUCUAAAAUUUCCUAAGUAUAUGGUUAAGUAUAAAAAAAAAUAUUCAAAAUGGAAUAUACAGAUUAUUUCAACAAGAACUACAUGUAAGCAUGAGUUUCCCAAUUCAUCAUUCAGAGCAGAUUCAAUUCCAUCUCUGUUAGAAUGGAAAGAGGUUGAUCUUUGAGCAGCUGGACAAAUUUUUAAAGUUCAACAAAAUCUCUAGUAAAUGCAAAAAUGUUCAAGAAUACAUUCCAAAGUGGAUUCUUAUCUAUUUUAUACAGCAUUGGCAGCAAACCAUUGCAAAUAUGGGACAAGAAGGUUAGAAAUGGACAUAUCAAGAGAAUCACUGACAAUGACAUCCAAAGUCUUGUCUUGGAGAUAUUAGGCAGCAAUGUUAGUACAACAUAUAUCACUUGUCCUGCGGAUCCUAGAAAAACUUUGGGCAUAAAACUACCCUUUUUGGUGAUGAUCAUCAAGAAUCUGAAGAAAUACUUUACAUUUGAAGUCCAGAUAAUAGAUGAUAAAAAUGUGCGCCGUAGAUUUCGCGCCAGCAAUUAUCAAUCUACAACGAGAGUGAAACCAUUCAUCUGUACUAUGCCGAUGAGACUUGAUGACGGAUGGAACCAAAUACAGUUCAACCUGGCUGACUUUACGCGUCGCGCAUACGGAACGAAUUACGUGGAAACACUUAGAGUGCAAAUUCAUGCUAACUGUAGGAUACGACGAGUAUACUUCUCAGACCGACUGUAUUCCGAGGACGAAUUGCCGGCGGAAUUUAAAUUAUUCUUACCAAUUCAAAAUAAAGCGAAAUGUUAAGAAACGUGAAAAGAGCACGACACUUCGGUAUCGCAGCGUUUCGUCGAAAACGACGAAAGUGAAUUUUGCGCCGGUGAAUAUCAGUCCACGACGAGGAUGAAGUCUGCACUCGAAGAAAUUGGACUAUGGAUAUAAAAACUAGAUAAAAUUCAACUUGGCUGACUUCCCUCCGGGUAUAUGUAGGACAAGAUGUAUGGAAACAUUUGAGGUCCAAAUUUACGCUAAUUACAAUAUAGAACGAGUGUGCUUUUCGGAUUAUAUUUCCAAGGAUGAUUAUAUAUUCCAAGAAUGAGUCGCCAGUGGAAUUUAAAUAUUUCUUAUCAAUUCGAGAUAAGGCAUAGAGAAUUUUAAGAAUCAUUAAAGAAUUAUACUUGUCAAUAUCGUCUGUUCGAAUACGUCGCGAAAAACUUGUUGCGAUCAGUUUGAAAAUAAAACGUUAAAAUUUCAACAUCA